GCGAGGGUUGCCUGGGGCUAGGUUACUCAUCCUGGGCUCAGGUAAGAGGGCCUGGGCUGGGAGGCGGCACACCCAGGGGGGACGCCAAGGGAGCAGGACGGAGCCAUGGACCCCGCCAGGAAAGCAGGUGCCCAGGCUGUGAUCCGGACCGCAGGCAGGCUGCUGCUGCUACUGCUGCUUCACGGAGGAGCGCAGGCCCUGGAGUGCUACAGCUGCGUGCAGCAAGCAGAUGACGGAUGCUCCCCGCACAAGAUGAAGACGGUUAAGUGCGCGCCGGGCGUGGACGUCUGCACCGAGGCCGUGGGGGCGGUGGAGACCAUCCACGGACAAUUCUCGGUGGCAGUGCGGGGUUGCGGUUCGGGACUCCCGGGCAAAAAUGACCGCGGCCUGGAUCUUCACGGGCUUCUGGCGUUCAUCCAGCUGCAGCAAUGCUCCCAGGACCGCUGCAACGCCAAGCUCAACCUCACCUCGCGGGGGCUCGACCCGGCAGGUAAUGAGAGUGCAUACGCGCCCAACGGCGUGGAGUGCUACAGCUGCGUGGGGCUGAGCCGCGAGAAGUGCCAGGGUACGGCGCCGCCGGUCGUGAGCUGCUACAACGCUAGCGAUCAUGUCUACAAGGGCUGCUUCGACGGCAACGUCACCUUGACGGCAGCUAAUGUGACCGUGUCCUUGCCAGUCCGGGGCUGUGUCCAGGAUGAGUUCUGUACUCGGGAUGGAGUCACAGGCCCAGGGUUCACGCUCAGUGGCUCCUGCUGCCAGGGGUCCCGCUGUAACUCUGACCUCCGCAACAAGACCUACUUUGCCCCUCGAAUCCCACCACUUGUCCGGAUCCCCCCUCCAGGGGCCACGACUGUGGUCUCAACCAUAUCUGUGGCUUCAACCACGCCAUUCACCACGUCUACCCCGGCCCCAGUGAGACCCACAUCCACCACCAAACCCAUGCCAGCCCCAACCACCCAGCCUUCGAGACAGGGAGUAGAAGAGGCCUCCAGGGAUGAGGAGCCCAGGUUAACUGGAGGUGCCGCUGGCCACCAGGACCGCAGUAAUUCGGGGCAGUAUCCUGCAAAAGGGGAGCCCCAGAAGCCCCAUAAUAAAGGCUGUGCGGUUCCCAUGGCUGGAUUGGCGGCCCUUCUGUUGACCAUGGCUGCGGGUGCCCUGCUGUGAGCUUCCCUACCUGGAAAUUUCCCUCUCACCUACUUCUCUGGCCCUGGGUACCCCUCUUCCCAUCACUUCCUGUUUUCACCACUGGACUGGGCUGGCCCAGCCCCUGUUAUUCCAACAUGCCUCAAUAUCCCCAGCUUCUGCUGCACUGGUUUGCGGCUUCGGGAAAUAAAACUACCAUUGUAUAUAUCCUGCCGGGGUAUUCUAGCUUUUUGAGGACAGCACCUGUAUCUGUCUCAUCCUUGUCUCUCCACUUGGCCUCUUGUGAUGCUACGACAGAGUGAGAGCAGUCAGCUGUCACAGGGAAGGUGGGAGAGGAUGCUGAGCUUCCUACUGCCUUCUGCCUGGACUAUGGAGGGUGGGGUGGGUGGGAGAGUGGCUCCCCCCCAAGCACUGCCUCCCCUCCUGCCCCCAUCUUCGGGGAAUCGGAUCCCCAUCUGUCUUCCUUAUUGGACUGUGAGCUCCUCAGGGCAGGGACCGUGCCUCAUGCCUGUGUGUGAUCAGUUUCUGGCACAUAAAGGCCUCAAUAAAGAUUUAAUUACUUUGUA